AAUGCCAUUUAGUUGCCGCACACUCUGAAACCAACUUGUGUUUUGUUUAUAGUAGUUCAGCACAAGUUUACAUUUCUUUAUAAAUCUUCGAUUGUGUUUUGCUCCUAAUCUGCAGUAUCAUAAUUUUUCCGCCAAAUUACCACCAUCAAACAGUAGAUUUCAUAAGUUGUUUCUUCUUUUGUUGAUUGGAGAUUAAGACGACUGGUGACUGGAAGUAAUGCAUGCUAGAAGAAUGAUGAACGGGAUGGAUACAUUACCCCAACAAAAUGGUUCAAUACACACAAGUUCCACUACGUCCUCGAAUAACUCUCACAACUCAUCGUCACAGCCUGGCACCAAUCAAGAAGAGAGUAAAACUAAUUUAAUAGUCAACUACCUCCCCCAGACAAUGACACAAGAAGAAAUCCGGUCUUUAUUUUCUUCUAUUGGUGACGUGGAGAGCUGCAAACUUAUAAGAGACAAAGUUACAGGUCAAAGUUUGGGAUAUGGGUUUGUUAAUUAUCACAGGCCUGAAGACGCUGAAAAGGCAAUCAACACGCUUAAUGGGCUACGUCUUCAAAAUAAAACAAUUAAGGUUUCUUUCGCUAGGCCUAGCAGUGAAGCAAUCAAAGGUGCAAAUCUAUACGUAAGCGGGCUCCCUAAAAAUAUGGCACAACAAGAUCUAGAAAACUUAUUUAGUCCCUAUGGUAGAAUAAUUACAUCCCGCAUCCUCUGCGACAAUAUCACAGAUUCGCUUGAUCUACCUGGUCACGAAGAUGAAAAUGAUAUAGUGCGACAAUUCGUUGGUGGUGCUGGUGAUAAUGUUCCUUGUCUAUCGAAAGGGGUUGGAUUUAUACGUUUUGACCAACGGAUUGAGGCAGAGCGAGCAAUCCAAGAGUUAAAUGGCACUAUCCCAAAAGGAUCAUCAGAACCCAUAACCGUGAAAUUUGCAAACAAUCCUAGUAAUAAUAAUAAAGCAUUACCUCCAUUGGCCGCAUAUUUAACACCACAGGCAGCACGCCGUUUUGGUGGGCCAAUCCACCAUCCGACAGGUCGCUUCAGCACUGGCAAGACUAUGCUAGCCAUAAACAAAGGUUUACAGAGGUAUUCUCCGCUGGCCGGCGAUUUACUUGCGAACUCUAUGCUCCCUGGGAAUGCGAUGAAUGGUUCGGGUUGGUGUAUAUUCGUUUAUAAUUUAGCACCAGAAACGGAAGAAAAUGUGCUGUGGCAACUGUUUGGUCCAUUCGGUGCUGUUCAAAGCGUAAAAGUAAUUAGAGACCUACAAACCAACAAAUGUAAAGGAUUCGGAUUUGUAACCAUGACAAAUUACGAUGAAGCUGUGGUAGCAAUACAAUCUCUUAACGGUUACACCCUUGGCAAUCGAGUUCUUCAGGUUUCUUUCAAAACUAACAAGAGCAAAACAUCAUAAACUUGUGGACUCCCACCCAUCUGUGACAUUGUCUAGUCAUACCUAUUAAGUUGUUUUCGGACGGUAUAACCCCUUUUGAUCUCUUAUGAUUCACUUUUUUGUUGCAAUUUUUAUAAAUAAAUUUAAUUUACAAUUGUACUUAUUAAAUGUAAGUAAAAUUAUAUGGGGGCUAUGCUGCCUUAAAACAGUAGACAUCUGUAUGUAUAUAUAUAUAAGUGUAUACCUAUGAGAUAUGCAUAUAUGUAUAUAUACAGUAGUAUUUUGAUAAUCAGGCUAAGCUAGUCGAAACUAGUGCAAGUCUGCGUUUCCUAAAAAAAAAAACUAAAAAAAAAAACAAAACAAAGAAAAUAUAUAUUAGUUCAAUUUGAGGACUCAGAGGUAAUUUAGCCACUUUUAUUGUUUACAUGACAUAUUUAUCAUUAAUAUUCUUCAAAUAAAUAAUAAGUUAUUAUUAUUAUUAUUCAUUAUUAUUAUUAUCAAUAUUAUUGUUGUUGGUAGCCAUGUAGUUUCAGCAACGGUAAUCUAAUAAAAGUAGUUAGUUCAAUGUUGUUUUCUCAAAGCUUUUUUAAUUAUUUAGUAUUAUUUACUUUGUGGUUUCUCGUGUUUGUAAGGAAAACAUAUUUUUUAUAUAAUCCUUUUAAAACUUACAUACUAUCUAGAAUAUUUUGCAGUAUUAGUUUGGUGUACCAACUUCAAUAGUUUACUUUAAUCUAAAUUUUAUGAGCAUACGUUUGCUUGUUAUUACAUCCACUUGACAUUGCUUAUUUUGUUACUCAUCUUAGAUUCAGUAAAAUUAAUUGGUAGUCAAAGGUUCUAUUAAGUACAAAUGUGCUCGGUCCUUGAAACAUUCUUAAAUUGUGGCUUGUAUAUAAAUUAUAUCGUGACAAACUGGCUUGGAGUGGAAGAUGAGCAAACUGUAUUUUUAUAGAUUUUCAGAAAUAAUUAAUGAAUUAAGAGCAAGGUUUUUUCCCGUUUUGAGUUUCGUUUUUACGUUUUUAUGCUUAAUGAUGAAAAUUAUAAUUUUUUUACUAUUGUAAUUUGUUUAGCUUUUUUCUUUUUUUUUGAAAGCACAGUAUAGUGCAAGUCACUAAAUUCAUUUAUUUGUUAUUUCUAUUUGAUUUCAUCCAUGUGAAUAUAAUAAUCCUACAUGGAAGGGAAACUAAUUACUCAGAAGUUGUGCUUUAAUUUUUUUCAAAUUUGUUUUGUGUAUUGAUAUUUUGUGUCAGUAGUAUGUUGUUUUGUUUUAAUUUUUCUUUGUUUUAUUUUUAAGUAACAAAAUAAUUUGUAUAGUCAAGUGACAUCAUUUUUGUUUGUAUUUUCUUUUCCCCCUUUUUUCUUUUCUUUUAAUUUUUUUAUUUAUUUAUUUGAAUCACUUCAUUUUUGAGUAUGUUUAAUUGUUUGUCUUUGGUUUAAAGUGUGCUUUUAUGUUCAAUUUUAAAUUAAAAAAAAAAAAAGAACGUUAAAGAAAAACUAUUCUCAAGCAUUUAUAUACUAUAAUAAUUAAGAAGUGUUUAGGGGGAAUAACACAGACUUGCACAUUAAGCGCGAGGAUAAUAUUAUGUAUUUCAAAAUUCAUUAUUUCAUUAGUCACAGAUAUAUUGUAUUUGAUUAUUCAUAAGCAUUCCGUAAGAGAAUUUUCAGAGAGACAUGGAGAAUUUACAGUACCUGGUAAAACAGUAUUUACUCAGUGUAACUAUUUUUAUGACAUAACAUUAUAGUUAUAGUCUUCUAUAAGUUGAAGGCCUACAAAAGUAAGGGUUCCUCAGAAUAGAGGGCUUUGUGAAAUGAUCCAAAUUUUAGAAGCUCUGUUAAAAGCUCAAAUGUAUAAAAUAGCCAGCAGAAAUAUGUUUUGGGCAGUUAAAAAUUGUUAACAAUCACUUUGCUCAACUUAUUCCUGGCUCUAUGAAAGUUUGCUAUUGAUCACAAAAAAAAAAAACAUGUUGCUAGUUUACAAAUUUAUUUAAAACAACAUUGUGCUCAAAAAGCACAUGUAGGGCAGAAUUACAUUGUUCAAAUAUUGUUUAUCUACUAUAUGUAAUAUAUACUGCAAUAAAUUGUGCAAUACAUUCUGAAGAGUUUUGUUAAAACCAUAAAAAGGUGUUACCUGCUCAGAGCCUAUAAGCAAUUGUGAAUACAAGUUACCAAUAAAAUAUAUUUCAGUUAUUUGAAAUCUU